AUGGAUCAGCAAAAUCCAGAUCAGAGGUUGAAGCCAACUUUACAGACUGAGAACCAGCAGCAGCAGCAGCAAAACCAGCAACCUCAGAAGUGUCCUCGCUGUGAGUCUCUGAACACCAAGUUUUGCUAUUACAACAAUUACAGCCUCUCUCAGCCGCGCUACUUCUGCAAGACUUGUAGAAGGUAUUGGACCCAAGGCGGGACCCUCAGGAACGUCCCUGUCGGCGGAGGCUGCCGGAAGGGGAAGCGUCCCAAGACUAAUUCAUCAUCAUCAUCAUCUCCCUCUCUGCAGCCACAGGCGCAGGCGCAGGCACCACAACAAGACCAGCAAACAGUGAAAAACUUGGCCACAACAAGCCCAAGUUCUAAUCUUGGGGCUAUAGAGAGCACUGGUAAUUUGGCUUCUCACCAUCAGUACUAUCCUGGUGGUACUGGGUAUUUGUCAUCUUAUGCAGCAAUUCAAUCUCUGAAUCAGUCACAGCCCUUCAACGUUGAGGGCCAUGAUCAACUGGGAGGAGGUGCAUCCUCAAAUAUGAGCCUGCUGCAGGGGUUCAAUGUUUCAGCUCCUUUUGGCCAAUUUUAUCAAGCUGGCAACACUAAGAGCAGCAUGGUGGACCAAACGGCUCUGUAUCGAUCUGAUCAAGAGGGCUUAUUGAUUCAACCAACCAGGCCUUCUGCUGCUAGUGACCAUGACUGGCCUCAUCAGAGCUUCAACAUCAACAGAUCAUCUGCUAAUGCUUCUUCUGCAGCUUCUGAAAGCGCUUUGUGGGCCACCACCACCUCUGGUAACAUGAACACCAGCACCACCACCAGCGCUGGGCCUUCUCUGAACCCAAGCCAGUGGCCUGAUCUACCUGGAUCAUAUGGCCCUCCUAAUUGA